AUGUCGAAUUCAGACGUGAGCAGUACGAAAGACUGGAUGUCGGGAAUACCUGACGACUAUUCACUAACUAAUCUUUCUAUACCAGGCACUCAUGAGACGAUGAGCCUGUACGGUGGGCCUCCUAAACAGUGCCAAACGAUGAGCUUAAGCCAACAGUAUGACGCCGGGAUUCGCUUUGUCGACAUCCGCUGUCGGCAUUACAACGACGAGUUGCCCAUCUUUCACGACGAGGUUCCGCAGCAGGCAAACUUCAGCGAGGUGUUAAAGUCCACAACGGAGUUCUUAGACCUUCACCCAACGGAGGUGAUCCUGAUGCGCCUCAAGGAGGAAUACAAGCCCAAAGACAACACUCAGACAUUUGCCCAAACUGUCCAGGGGUAUGUCGAACAUUACCCUAGGGAGUCGGUCUAUCGAGGGGAGAGUUACCCUACCAUGAAAGACGUCAGAGGCAAGUUGGUCAUCCUUCGUGACUAUGACGGCCCUGCUGACUUCGGAUUGCCGUACGCCGAUCUCGAUGUGGAAGACCUCUGGCAAGUACCGAGCCUUUUUCCGGAAGACAUCGGCAGAAAAUGGAAUGCCACGCGCGACCAACUUGAGACAGCUUCGCAAGGACCGAUCGACACUGUCCUGUAUCUGACCUACAGUAGCGGGGCCAGUGCCUUCGCCUUUCCCGAGGCCAUCGCGGAGAGGAUUAAUAGGUAUUUGAGUGACUUCUUGAGCAGAAAAGCGAGAUGGGGGAUGGUUGCUAUGGAUUUCCCGGAUGCUGCACUAAUCGACAAAAUCAUCAACUCAAACGUAUAG